UUCCGUAUAAAUCUUUAGCUCAACUUACAACUUGCAUCUUCCUUUUCCUAUGAAAACUUCAUGACCUGUCUGCUUGUAUAGAGCUGCUACAGCUCGCGCCGCAUAAAUGAUUGGUUCCACGAAUUCAAUAGGCGCAAGCUUGCUGCUAGCGACCUUAUAUUCAACUUUGGCAUCGGGAUCGGGACAUCAACCCUAUGGCCAGGAACAGCUUCCUUUAGACAAGUUCGAAUACGAAGAAGCUUGUCCUGAUUAUACACAGUAUUCGACAUAUCCGCAUCGGCCUCUUAGCGAGGGUCCUCUUGAGCUACCUUUCCAAAGGCCCGAUCCUCGAUGUCGCACCUUUCAGUCGGACGCCAUUGAGCAAGUUAUAAAGGAUGUGACAUCUCGCAUGAAAGACCCCGAUCUAGCGCGUCUCUUCGAGAACGCCUUUCCUUCCACGACAGAUACAACCGUCAAGUUCCACACGAAAGGUUCUAACAAUAAAAAGAAAGCAUGGAAAGAUUCGUAUGACGAAGGAAAGUGGGAGGGACCGCAUUCUUUUGUCAUCACAGGGGAUAUCAUUGCCGAAUGGCUUAGGGACUCAACAAACCAACUUUCCCCGUACCAGCCUUUAGCAAAGAAGGACCCGGCUAUACACGACUUGAUUCUAGGCGCAAUCAACACCCAAUCCGAGUAUGUCAUUGAAUCACCAUAUUGCAAUGCUUUUCAGCCACCCCCAAUCAGCGGGUUGUCCGUGUCGCAUAACGGUCAGGACGACGUUGUCCAUCCUGCAUAUGAGCCUUCGUUUGUCUUCGAAUGCAAGUACGAGUUGGACUCGCUUGCGCAUUUCCUCGCCCUAGCAAACGAUUUCAAUGACCAUACGGGAUCUACUGAGUAUAUGACGUCGCGUUGGUACUUGGCAUUGGAGACUUUAUUGAAUGUACUCGAGCAGCAGUCCAAGUCUACUUUUGACCCGGAGACCGGCCACUAUCGGCGCAAUGAGUACACCUUCAACCGCAACACGAACACGGGAACUGAGACACUCAACCUCAAUGGUGUAGGAAACCCUCUCAACAACGGUACCGGUCUUGUACGGUCCGCGUUCAGACCAAGCGACGACGCUACCAUACUGGGCUUCUUUAUUCCAGCAAAUGCGAUGAUAGCGGUGGAACUGAAACGAACUGCCAAUGUCCUCAGGAGUGUCGGCAAAAACGCUUUGGCCCAGACGGUCGAGACGUGGAGCCAAACCAUCAACGACGGCGUUUGGGAUCACGGAACUGUUCAACAUAAGGAGUUCGGUGAGGUCUUCGCAUACGAGGUAGACGGGUAUGGGUCGUCGAUUCUAAUGGAUGAUGCGAACUACCCGUCUCUUCUAGCUUUACCCCUCAUGGGCUUUCUGAAGGCGAGCGAUGAAACCUACCAAAAUACGCGACGUAUGUUACUUGCGAAAGGAUCAAACCCUUAUUACCUCACCGGAAGAGAGUUCAAAGGCAUCGGAGGUCCUCAUAUCGGCCUCUCAAAUGCCUGGCCUAUGAGUCUUCUCAUUCAGGCUCAAACGUCUGACGACGAUGAAGAAAUAACUGAAUGCCUGGAUCUGGUUCUUAAAUCGGGAAAACUCGGCUUGAUACACGAAAGCGUCGACGUCAAUUUUUAUAGCUCUUAUACAAGAAGCUGGUUUGCUUGGGCAAAUGGCGUAUUUGCGGAAACGAUUCUCGACUUAGCCAAGAGGAAACCGCACUUGAUUUUCAAAGCACCCGCACUGCCUUAUGAAAUAUGAUUUUAUCGGUAGAUAGAAGUUGGAAGAGCACUGUAGUCUUGCCGUAUUUCUGCCACGUUGUAACGAGAAGUACUGUUUAUAAUGGCUUCGUAGGUAUAUAUAUGAGACAUGCCACGCUGAAGCGUAUUUUAUCUAGA